CGGUCAAACACACGUUUCCAAUGCGACCACGAAAGCAGUUAAAUCUGUGUUUGAAAUUCCUGAUAAAAUUUCAAAAUCGCUCUCACCACUGCCUGACUGUGAAAGUAGAGUACGCUCUGUGACCGAUCUUAUGGCGGGAACACUCCAAACCCUAUUUCUCAUUCCUCCAUCCACCAGAACGCUCUCGCUCCCCCGCGGGACCCCGCGUUUCCCGUCGAAUCACGCUUUGUUCUGCUGCCCCUCCAUCGCUUUUAAACGCAACCGCUCGAUUUGCAGACCCGUCAGUGCCCUGGAGCGGCCCGAUCAGAGAGAUGGAAAUGGAGACAAAGUUGACCCCGUUUCAGGUUCAUCGAGUGGGCUAGGUUGGGUAAAACCAUUAUUGGAUUUUGUGACGAAUAACUUUCUUCCCUUAGCUCUUGUCAGUGGAGUAGCAUUAGGACUUGCAAAUCCUAGUCUUGGUUGUCUUGCAGAUAGAUAUUCUCUCUCAAAAUUUAGCACCUUUGGGAUUUUUAUUAUCUCAGGCUUGACGCUCCGUAGUGGAGACAUUGGUGCAGCUGCAGAAGCAUGGCCUGUUGGAAUUUUUGGGCUAGUAUCCAUUCUAAUGAUUACUCCUUACUUUUCAAGAGCAAUACUGCAAAUGCAACUGCAGCCUCAAGAAUUUAUUACAGGACUGGCUAUAUUUAGCUGUAUGCCAACUACAUUAUCAAGUGGAGUGGCACUUACUCAACUUGCUGGAGGGAAUUCUGCCCUUGCUCUUGCAAUGACAUUGAUAUCUAAUUUGUUAGGCAUUUUAAUUGUCCCAUUUUCUAUCUCAAAAUUCAUUGCUGAUGGAGUUGGUGUAUCUGUUCCGACCAAGCAACUGUUUAGGAGCCUUGUUCUCACGCUAUUAGUUCCCUUAAUCUUAGGGAAGGUCCUUCGGGAAUCCUUUAAAGGCUUGGCAGACUUUGUUGAUCAAAACCGCAAGCUUUUUUCAAAGCUCAGUGCACUCUUUCUCAGUCUAGUACCAUGGAUGCAAGUCAGCAGGUCGAGGUCACUGCUGUUAAUGGUUAAGCCUUCCAUUUUUCUUGUAGCUAUUGGAUUGGGGGCACUUCUCCAUGUCAUCUUUUUGGCAUUUAAUGCACUCACCAUAUGGAGCCUCUCAGCCGCAUCUGGUGGGAGCAAAUCAAUUUUUUUGAAGAAAGAAAAUGCCAGUGCUUUUCUACUUGUUGCAAGCCAGAAAACCCUGCCUGUGAUGGUGGCAGUUGUGGAGCAGCUUGGGGGUGCAUUUGGUGAAUCUGGUUUGCUGGUUCUUCCUUGUGUUGCAGCACAUAUAAAUCAGAUUAUUAUGGACUCUUUCCUCGUUAACUUAUGGUUUCGGAAAGAAAUCUCAUCCAAGAAUGCCAAGGUCAACUGAGUAAAGGAGAAGAAUAUUUUUCGCAAGCAAUAUUCUUAGCAGACCCCAAUGUGAUUGCUCUGUUCUAUGGAGCAAUUAGAUAGAAAUGGGUUGAUUCUUCACAAGGAAUUGAAAUGAGCCAAUGUACCAACUGUACGAUUAAUUCAAAUGUGUAAUUCGGUGGAAAUUUCAAUCCUACGUCUACAGUUUGAUUAUUUGCAGUUCCACAUUUAUUCUUUUCUUAAAUGAGAAAUUACUCUUGAAUUAUGAUUA